AUGGUGACCGUCACUGAAGUCCAGAAGGUCGGUAUUGGGCUGGUGGGAUUCGGUCUCUUCUUCCUGCUGUUCGGGGUUCUGCUCUACUUUGACUCCGUCUUGUUGGCCUUCGGGAAUGUCCUGUUCCUUGCUGGUUUCAUGUUCAUUAUCGGCUUCAGGAGGGCGGCCAGUUUCUUCUUCCAGAGAGAAAAGUUCCGAGGUUCCUUUUUCUUCCUGGGAGGUGUGUCUCUGGUCCUGUGCCGAUGGCCAGUCGUUGGGAUGCUGGUGGAGAGUUACGGUUUUGUGCUUUUAUUCAGGUCCCUGUUCCCUGCAGCCAUCGGGUUUGUGCUGUCGUUCGUGGACAUCCCUUUCCUCCGUGCAUUUUUGUCCAGCAGCUCCUCCAUGGUCUGAUCAGACAGACGCGGUCCAGCAGGGAAACAGGAGGCUCUCAGCAUCCGUCCAUC